AUGUUCAGAACUGGUAAAGCUGGUUCAUAUUCAUCUAAAUAUUUUUAUAGAAAAGGUCUAUCUCAUGCGAAUGUCGAUAGAGCCAUUGCGGCUAGUCGUUCACCUCGAUUCUUGAAAAGACAUUCGAUUGGAGGUAUUUCAGAUGCUAGGUUUAUUACUUCAUUAACCAAAGACAAUGUUUUUGAUUCUAAUAAUAAGAAGAACAAUGUGGAGAUGACACCAAUUGGUAUUAAAGCACAAAAAUUAUUUGAUGAACCAAGGAUUUCUAGAGUUACUAAAUUACAAAUCAAAGAUAUGCCCAUUGAAUGUCCAUUAGAAAGUUUCCAAUUAUUAAAUUCCCCAUUUUUAAAUAAAGGGUCUGCAUUUACCUUUGAAGAAAGGAAAGCUUUCAAUUUAGAAGCAUUAUUACCAUCUCAAGUGAAUACUUUGGAGGAACAAUUGGCAAGAGCAUAUACUCAAGUUUGUGCGUUAAAGACUCCCUUGGAAAAAAACGAUUUUAUGACUUCGAUGAGAGUACAAAAUAAAGUUCUUUAUUUUGCAUUAGCCAAGAGACAUAUUAGAGAAUUAUUACCCAUCAUUUAUACUCCAACUGAAGGUGAUGCUAUUAUUAAUUACUCUAGUAGAUUUAGGAAACCAGAAGGGUUAUUUUUAGAUAUUAAUGAUCCUGAUUCUAUUGAGAAGAGAUUAUUGACAUGGGGUGAUUCUGAAGAUAUUGAUUACAUUGUGGUUACAGAUGCCGAGGGGAUCUUGGGGAUUGGUGAUCAAGGUGUUGGUGGUAUUAGAAUAUCUGUUUCCAAAUUAGCAUUGAUGACGUUAUGUGGUGGUAUCAAUCCUGGUCGUGUGAUGCCAGUUUGUUUGGAUGUGGGGACUAAUAAUGAAAAAUUAUUAAAUGAUCCAUUAUAUAUGGGUAAUAAAUUUGCUCGUGUGCGUGGACCUAAAUAUGAUGAAUUUGUAGAUAAAUUUAUUAAAGCAGUGACAAAGAAUUUCCCGAAUGCAAUUUUACAUUUUGAAGAUUUUGGUGUAUUGAAUGCCAAGAGGAUUUUAAAUAAAUAUCAACCUGUAUUACCAUGUUUCAAUGAUGAUAUCCAGGGGACCGGAGCAGUUGUGAUGGCUUCUUUGAUUUCUGCAUUAAGGUUUAUUGAUAAGGAUCCUAAAGAGAUGAAAGUGUUGAUCUUUGGUGCAGGAUCUGCAGGGAUUGGUAUUGCGGAUCAAAUCACUGAUUAUUUGACACAUGCAUUAAAGAUGGAUAUUAAAGAUGCAAGAGAACAUAUUUAUUUGAUGGAUCGUUUUGGAUAUAUUGAUACAUCGAUUAGAGAUAAAUGUAAUGAAGGUCAAUUACCAUAUAUUAAAGAAGAGACGAAUGAUUGGGGAAAUGGUGAUCGUAGUAUCUUGAGAGAUGUUGUUGAGAAGAUAAAACCUUCAUGUUUAAUUGGUUGUUCGACUCAAGCUGGUGCGUUUAAUGAAGAUGUAGUGAAGACGAUGUACAAAUAUAAUCCAAGUCCCAUAAUUUUCCCAUUAUCUAACCCUACAAGAUUACAUGAAGCUGUGCCUGAAGAUUUGUUUAAAUGGACUGAUAAUAAUGCAUUGGUUGCUACAGGUUCACCUUUUGAAGCUGUGAAUGGAUAUAUUAUAUCUGAAAAUAACAAUUGUUUUACAUUUCCUGGGAUUGGAUUGGGAGCUGUGUUAUCACGUAGUAAAGUGAUUUCUAAAUCGAUGAUUGCAGCAGCAAUUAGUCAAUUAUCGAAAUUAUCACCCAUAGAGACACAUAAUAGUGCCAAGAUGGGGUUAUUACCUGGUCUUGAAGAUAUUUUCGAGACGUCUGCUAAAGUUGCCACUGCAGUAUUAUUGCAAGCUAUAAAGGAAGGAUCUGCCAGGAUUGAAGAAGAGUUUGAAAGUGAGGGAGAAAGUGGGGGAGAAAAUGAGGGAGAAAAUGAGGGAGAAAAUGAAGGUAAGAAAAUUAGUGUUCCAAGAGAUUUCUAUCAAUGUUUAGAAUGGGUCAAGAGUCAAAUGUGGGUACCUGAAUAUCGUCCAAUGAUUCGAGUUCAUUGGGAUGUGGAAGGAGAGGUUGAGGGACAAGAGUAA